AAAUGUGCGACAUUAUCGAGAGACAAAUAAGUUACCAUUAGAUUAUGAUUUAGAAAAAUACACGUGCGGGAGUCAAAAUGUCAACAGACUUGAGAGAACCUUCUCUGAAGAACUUAACAGGGAAGAAAUAUGGAAGAUUAAAUCCUAAACAACAUCAGCCACUUCAAGACCUAACAAAACCCCACAUAGAUUCAUUCAAUGCUCUGGUACAUGGGGGAUUAACUAGAGCAGUACAGACGAUUCCACUUGUGGAGUUUGCCUUGCCAAAUGGAGACCGGGUCACACUUAAAAUGCUGGAUGCCACAAUAUCGUGUCCAACAGUGGAUUCUGGCAACAAAUUUGCUCAGACGUUAAAAGUCUACCCAGCGGAGUGUCGAGAGCGAGGCACCUCCUACUUAGGGAGCCUUAACAUUGGUAUGCUAUGGAAGCUGAAUGGACGAGUCCAGGACACGGUGGAGAGAAAGAUCGCGGACGUCCCAGUGAUGGUCAAGUCUGAUGUUUGUAACCUGAAAGGGUUAAGUCCCAAAGAUUUGGUACGAAGAGGGGAAGAGGCUGAGGAGAUGGGAGGCUACUUUAUAUGUAAUGGUAUCGAGAAAAUCAUCCGCAUGUUGAUCAUGCCCAGGAGGAACUUUCCCACAUGUAUGAUAAGGCCAUCAUGGAAGAACAGGGGCAGUCAGUACACAGAAUAUGGGGUGUCACUACGCAGUGUAGGGGAAGACAACAUUGGAGUGAAUAAUGUCCUACACUACCUGUCCAAUGGAAUGGCCACGCUGUGUUUUAGUCACCUUAAAGAAAUGUUCUUUGUACCAGUCAUAAUUAUCCUUAAGGGUCUACACAAUGUGACAGAUAAAUUUAUUUACGACCAACUGACCAGGGAUAAAGAACAAGACUCAUUUUACAAAGGUUGUGUGAUAGCCAUGUUGCGACAUGCUCUAUCAGAAAAUCUGACCACACAGAAAACAGUACUGAAAUACAUAGGGGAGUUAUUCAGAGUCAAACUCAGUCUGCCUGAGUGGUACUCAGAUGAGGAAGUAGGGGAGUACAUGCUCAAACAAAGCGUAUGUGUACAUCUAGAAAACAAUGUGGACAAGUUUAAUCUUUUAAUAUAUAUGACCAGAAAACUGUUUGCCUUUGCUAAAGGGGAGUGUGCAGCAGAGAGCGCUGACAAUCCAAUGUUCCAGGAGCUCUUACUGGGGGGUCAGUUGUAUGGGAUGAUCCUUAAGGAAAAGUUGCAUGAUUGGAUGGUGUCAGUCAAAAAUUCAAUUGAAAGAAAUGCCAAAAAUUACAAAGAGCGGGAAUAUCUCUUAACUGAAUUGACCAUGAAUGAUGCUUUAAGACACACAGUAAAUAUAACCAAGGCAAUGGAAUAUUUUAUGGCAAGUGGCUCAAUUAUUUCCAAGAGUGGACUUGGUUUGAUGCAAGCCACUGGUUUGACUGUGGUGGCAGACAAGCUGAACUUCUUCAGGUACAUCUCACAUUUCCGCUGUGUACACAGAGGGUCGUUCUUCAGUGAGAUGAGAACAACAGCCGUCCGUAAACUUCUCCCAGAGGCUUGGGGCUUUCUUUGUCCUGUACACACUCCAGAUGGUAGUCCCUGUGGUCUGCUGAACCAUCUCACAGCCCUAGCUGGGGCUGUGACCACACAUUAUAGUAAUUCACAUGUAGCUGACCUUUUGUUCUCUCUGGGAACAACUCCAUGUCAUGCUCCAACAAUGGGACAGAUGUCUCAGUGCUUUACAGUAUUCCUAGAUGGGAGGAUUCUGGGAUACAUCCAUGAAGAUAUUGCACAGAAUGUGGAAAAGAGGCUCAGGUUCAUGAAGGUCAAAGGUCUAAACAGGAUCCCUCCAAUGUCUGAGAUUUGCCUGGUCCCCAAAACAAAGUUUGCCAGCCAGUUCCCAGGCCUGUACAUCUUUACCAGCACUGCCCGAAUGAUUCGCCCUGUGUGGAACCUCGCAACAGACAGUAAAGAAUGGAUAGGGACAUUUGAACAGGUGUACAUGGAUAUCUGUAUUACCCCAGAAGAGGCCAAACAAGGGGUAACAACCCACAGAGAGCUGAGUGAAGUGGCCAUGCUGUCUACCGUAGCACAGUUUACUCCAUUCUCAGACUUUAACCAGAGCCCUAGAAACAUGUAUCAAUGUCAGAUGGGUAAGCAGACUAUGGGCACCCCCCUUCAUGCGCUGGACCAUCGCUCGGACAAUAAGCUGUACAGACUUCAGACCCCUCAGUCUCCCGUGGUGCGGCCAGUCAUGUACGACCACUACAAUAUGGACAACUACCCACUGGGAACCAAUGCUAUAGUCGCUGUCAUGUCCUAUACUGGAUAUGAUAUGGAGGAUGCCAUGAUUCUAAAUAAAUCUUCAUUUGAGCGAGGCUUUGCACAUGCGAGUGUAUAUAAAUCACAAAUCAUAGACCUCUGUAGCAAGGGAGAUAGAAAUCAUGGCCGCCCCUUAGAGGUGUUUGGUUGUCUUCCCGAUAACAGCCAUUUUUUAGGGGGGAGCUUGACAAAGGAGGGUCUACCUCACAUAGGAACCUACCUACAGAAGGGGGACCCAUUCUACAGUGUAAUCAACAUACAGACUGGCCAGUCUCGUACACAGAAUUAUAUGUCAGAUGAACCAGCCUACGUCCAGCAGAUCAAGGCCCUGGGGGAUAACACGGGGACACAGGAGCUCUGUAAAGUCUGUGUCCUUCUCAGAAUCAAGAGAAACCCCAUCAUAGGAGACAAAUUCUCCAGUCGACACGGACAGAAAGGAAUCUGUAGUAUGAUGUGGCCAGCAGAAAACAUGCCAUUUACAGAGAGUGGGAUGACCCCUGACAUCUUAUUUAAUCCCCACGGCUAUCCCUCCAGAAUGACGAUAGGAAUGAUGAUAGAGAGCAUGGCAGGGAAGUCUGCAGCCCUCCACGGACUCUGUCACGAUGCCACACCUUUUCAGUUCUCGGAAGAAGAACCUGCUAUAGAUUACUUUGGUAGAAUGUUGGUCAAAGCUGGUUAUAAUUACCAUGGUACAGAGAGGUUGUUUAGUGGUGUGAAUGGACUGGAACUGGAGGCAGACAUCUUUAUUGGAGUGGUUUACUAUCAGAGACUCAGACACAUGGUGUCAGAUAAAUUCCAGGUCAGAACCACUGGUCCUGUUGACCCCAUCACUCAGCAGCCGGUCAAAGGUCGUAAGAGAGGGGGCGGGGUCAGGUUUGGAGAAAUGGAGAGGGAUGCCCUCAUUUCACAUGGAACGUCCUAUCUCCUUAAAGACAGACUACUGGACUGCAGUGAUAUCUCCAGGGCACAUGUGUGUAUGGACUGUGGCAGUAUUUUAUCUCCCUAUCUGGAGAGGCCCUCUAUGGGAUCAGUAGCAGACGUCUCAGAAAAGGUCAGACGAUGGAAAUGUCGGGCCUGCAAGAAAACAGACUCUGUUCAGAUUGUCACCAUUCCUUUUGUGUUCCGAUACCUGGUAGCUGAACUUGCUGCCAUGAACAUUAGAGUGAAGUUAGAUGUGGCCCCAGUUAGCAGACUGGUUUUCAUUAAAAAUACACAGUUGGGGUCAAAAAGUUUGAGAGUGGUGCUGAUAAUACACAAUUGA